AUGGUAUCCCACAACGCUCUCGAUAGCCCCGAGUCCUAUACGAUCGCCUGGAUCACUGCUCUUCCCAUCGAGCGGGCCGCUGCAGAAGCAAUGCUUGACGAGGAACAUAGAGCUCCAACUGGCUUCACUAGACACCAAACCGACUCAAACGUUUAUACAUGGGGCCGCGUGGGAGAGCACAACAUCGUAAUUGCCGCACUGGCCUCCGGGGUCUACGGAACCACCUCUGCUGCGACCACAGCCUCUGGCCUUCUUGCCUCUCUGCCAUCUAUUCGCAUCGGUCUCUUGGUAGGUAUAGGGGGGGGGGUCGCUCGACCGGAUCAGGAUCAAGAUAUCCGACUAGGUGACAUCGUCGUGAGCCAGCCCUGCGAUACCACCGGCGGCGUCUGCCAGUACGACUUUAUUAAGGCCAAGUCGGGUGGCAAGUCCCGUCACGAGCGGAAAGACUCCGACGUUCCCUAUCUCCUUCAAGUGAUGUUGGAGAGCAACCCGAAGAUGGGCAAGAGAACCAAGAAAAAUCCCGGCUAUGCUCACCAGGGCUUUGAUAACGACCGCCUCUUUAAAGCUUCAUGUGACUAUAUCCCUGGCCCGGAUUGUCAGGGAUGUGACACAGCUGGCGAGGUUUAUCGUGAUCCUCGAGACACUGCCGACCCUGAUAUCCACUACGGAACCAUUGCAUCCGGCAACACACUUGUCAAAGACGCUUCUACACGCGAUAGUAUUGUUGCUGAUCUCGGCAAGGAUUUUAUCUGCUUUGAGAUGGAAGCAGCCGGCCUGAUGAAUCACUUUCCCUGCCUUGUGAUCCGAGGGAUCUGUGACUACGCCGAUUCUCAUAAGAAUGAUCGAUGGCAACGCUAUGCCUCAGCCACUGCUGCUGCAUAUUCCAAGGAGCUUUUGGCGUAUGUGCCGGUUGCGGAGGUCCAAGAGACUAAGAGGGCACUAGAUACAGCACGAUAG